CGCCUUUUUCUCCAGACUUCGCGCAGCGCCGGUUUUCCCGCCGGGUCUCCAUGGCGACUGGACGCGGCCGGCUUCUGCUGCAGCACUGGCUCGGCCUCCAGGCGCUGCGCCUGCCGCUUGGCGGCGUCGGCGCGGCCCCCGGGAGCGGCGGGUUCAGAAAGGGAGCCGGGGUGGAAUUUGCUGCCGGCUGGACAAUGCUGAAGCAGUAUGCCAGGUGCGGAAGGAAGUGUGAGGGACCCUCUGCUGCCUGCUCUGUGUCCCUGGAUGGCAUGCCUCCGGAAAUCUUGCUGAAGAUACUGUCUUACUUGGAUGCUGUGACCCUGCUGUGUGCUGGCUGUGUGAACAGGCGCUUUUAUCAUCUGGCCAAUGACAAUUUUAUUUGGAUCAGAAUCUACUCAACUGCCUUUUCACCUAAGAGAUCUAGUUGGAAAGUUAAUUCAGUAGCGAAGACCGCCGUGUCUGCGAACUUACUGUCAGUUGAGGAUAAAGAAGCUGGAUAUUGGAAGAAAGAAUAUAUCACAAAACAAAUAGCCUCUGUAAAAGCAGCACUAGCUCAGCUUCUGAAACCUGUUAGCCCUUACACUGGCCUUCCGGUGAAAACCAAAGAGGCCAUCAGAAUAUCUGGUCUAGGUUGGGUAAUUAUAUUGAAAGAAAAGAGUGGAAGAGAAUAUGUCAUGGACCACGUUGAGCUUUCCGUAAAUGAUUCAUCUGUGACGAUUGUGUGGUAUGGCAAAAAUUGGCCACGUCUAGCCACAUUGUCAACUUUAAAUCUGUGUGGUGUGACACCAGUUUUUAUGGACCGGUCCAAAAUCCCCACCAAAAAUGGACCUAGAUGGCACUCUCUAAUUGCAAAGUACAGUCUGAGUCAUUUCCCUGAAUCCACCAUGAUUGGCUGUGACAGACUCAUUCGGAUCUUCCAUCUAAACCCAGGCCUCCUGGUGGGGCUGUGGAAGAGGGAGGAAGAGCUGGCCUUUGUUACUGCGAAUCUGCACCUCCAUCACCUUGCGGAGAGGAGCACGUUAGGCUCGGCUGCUCUCCCCUACGAGCUGCCUCCUCAUACCCCCCGUUUGGAUGACACCCCAGAGUAUGGACUGCAUGGCUACCAACUCCAUGUUGAUAUGCACAGCGGUGGAAUUUUCUACCUGUGUAGUACAUUUCGCAAUCUCUUUACCAAGAAAGGACAUAUUGAAAAUGGAUAUGCGAAGCUCAUUGUGAUCCAUUUUAAAAAUAACACAGAACACCUUCCUCUUGUUGGAAAAGUUGGCCUCUCCUGGAGAACUGAUGUUUUUGAUGGCUGUAUAAAGCUUUUUUGUGUGGGAUGAAUAGGAUCUUCAUAUUGAGGGGGACCCAUGUCCUGUGAACGCAGGACCCUCCAGUGACGUGGCUUUUCUUUGCCACACGGGUCUGCACCCCUGUCAGAACCAUCAGUCAUGAGGACUGAGGCCACAGACAGUGAGACCACUGAGCGUUAGAAGGACUUACCUAUCCCCAAGGACACUUGCUGCUUGAAUAGCACUGAAUCCCGCGCAGCUGGAAAUCCACGUGGAACUUGAGACUCCCCCCAAACUUAAUUCCUCAUAGCCUGCUGGUGGCUGGAAGCCUUACGGAUCACGUGACGGUCAGUUACCAUGUAUCUUGUAUGUUACAUGUGUCUUAUCCUGCGUUCUUACAAUAAAGUAGGCCAGACAGAAGAAAAUGUUACGAAGAACAUCUAAAGGAAAGUACAUCUACAGUAUUUAUUGGAGAUAACCCACGUAUAGGUGGACGUGUGCGGUCCCAGCCCGGCUGUUCAGGUCAGCUGUGUCAACUCUCCGGCCACUUGCUGGUUGGUAUAAUGAGAUAUUUUGUUCUGUUUGCAUGUAAGCAAAUAUUUAAAUUUUGGUAAAGAUUAUGUUUGUUGCACACAAAAGAAUGUUCAAGACCACAGACCUGACCUUUCAA